AUGGCACGCGUCGAAGAGAAAGGCUACAUCGAGUCGGCCAUCGACAAGACCAAGGAAUUGGCUUCGGACGCCGCUGACAAGAUUUCCGACGCCUACCACAGCGUCGUCGGCGAGCCGCGAGCUGAAGAUCGUGUCCGGGACAACCUCAAAGAAGGCGUCGACAAGGCUGCCGACAAGGUUAGGAAAUUGCCUUUUUUCAUGUUUUCAUUGCUCACUUUCAGGCUAAGGAUUGCCGUCGAGAGUGCCACGAGACGAAGGAAGACUGCAAGGACAAGUACCGCGAGGCGAAGCACGACGCCAAGCACGACUACCGCGAGGCAAAGCACGACGCCAAGGAGAAGUGGGAAGACACCAAGGACAACGCUCACGAAAAGUGGGAAGACUUCAAGGACAAGGUCUCCGAGAAGACGGAAGACGCCCGCGAAGAAGCCGGCAAGAAGAUGCGCGCCGCGGCCCGCAAGGUCGAAGGCUCCGACUAG